AUGCAUCUACUACUACCCUCAUUACUCUUGGCUGCCACAGCUCAUGCUACUCCCCUCGCCCAACGCUCACAAAACUCCAUAAAAUGGACUCCCUGCAAAAUUGCCAACGCUUCUGUUCCAUUAGAAUGUGGUACCUUGACAGUGCCGCUUGACUAUACGGACAAGACUGGCAAUGCUACUCUGCAGAUACAAAUGCAGCGAGCACCUGCAAAGCAAAAGACCAAGAAUUCAAAGAGCAUCCUGCUCAACUUUGGCGGACCCGGAGCUGAUGGCGUUGAAGACAUGGCUUACUUUGCUAAGCGGAUGCAGGCUGCAACGGGCGGUGGUCAUCAUCUCAUCAAUGUAGUUCCAAGAGGAACGGGCAAAACCCUUCCAUUCUCUUGCUACCCCAACGAUAUCCUCCGCGCUGCAUCAUCACAAGCCAUUGCCGGUAAUUCGUCCAACGUGGCCCUCGGCUUCGCUUGGGAAAAAUCCGGCUUCUUCGCCGCCGACUGCCAUGCUGCACAGAACGAGACGGGCAACCUCAUCGGAACGGCGUUUGUGGUUCGCGACAUGAUGCAGAUUGUAGACGCUCUUGGCGAAGACGGCAUGCUCCGAUUCUGGGGUGUCUCGUACGGCACACUGCUUGGCUCGACUGCCGUGGCCAUGUUCCCCGACAAGGUUGACAAGGUCAUCCUCGAUGGUGUCGUCAACCCAUUCGAGUAUUACGAGAACAAGGAGACGGAACUUCUCUCCGAUACGGACAAUGUCAUGAAGGGCUUCGUCAAGGGCUGCAUCUCCAACCCCAAGGCAUGCCCCAUGGGAAAGAAUCAGACGGCCGCCCAGCUGGAAGAGUCCAUCUACCAACUCUUCCAAAAGCUCAAGUCCGAUCCCAUUGGCAUUCCCGCACCUGGCACGCCUGGAGGCGGAAUUCUCGUCGACUACAGUCUCAUCUCUGCCGCCAUUUUCCGUCAGCUCUACACGCCCUUUACGUGGCAAAACACUGCAAAGUGUAUUGCUGCUCUAAUGACCGGUAGUAAUACGAAUCCCAAUCUCCAGUUUUGCAUUCCCGGCAUGGGAGGUGAUAGCAGCAGCUCCGGCAGCAACGCCAAACGCAGCGAGGCAGCAGCCAGACAGGACCAGGAAUCACAGUACGGUAUCAAGUGCAGCGAUGUCCGCGUCCACAUAAACAACCUGACUGAAAUGAUGCCCGUAUUCGAGGGCCGUCACAAGAAGAGUCGCUUCUUCGGAGACUAUGCCGAUACCGUCGUCGCCCGAUGCGCGCAGUGGACACUACCGGCCAAGGAGCGGUACAUGGGCGACUUUAACGUCACGUCCAAGAACCCAGUGUUGGUGAUUGGAAAUACGCAUGAUCCAGUUACACCGCUGGUUUCCGCAAAGAAUGUCACCGAGACGUUCAAGGGCAGUGUGCUGCUGCAGCACGACUCGUAUGGGCAUGAUAGUUUGAUGCAGGCCUCUCUGUGCACGGCAAAGGCUAUCCGGUCGUAUUUUGUCAAUGGAACAAUGCCACAAAAGGGAACAAAGUGCGAUGUCAAGGUUCCUUUGCUUUCUGGCGAGGAUGGCUGGGAUGAGGUGCUUAAGGAACUGGGGUCGAGCUAG